CCUCUUUCCACACAUAUUCAAUCAGUCAGUCAGAACAACGACAAAAAUAAUUUCCGAAUAAUUAUAUAUAGUAAUUAAUGGCUUCGGGGCAGGAGAGGAAGGAGCUGGACGCCCGGGCCCGGAAGGGCGAGGUGGUGGUGCCCGGCGGGACCGGCGGGAAGAGCCUGGAGGCCCAGGAGCACCUGGCGGAGGGGCGGAGCCGGGGCGGGCAGACCAGGAAGGAGCAGUUAGGGCAGGAGGGGUACCAGGAGAUGGGCAGGAAGGGGGGCCUCAGCACCCUCGAUAAGUCCGGCGGGGAACGCGCCGCCGAGGAGGGUAUUCAGAUCGACGAGUCCAAGUACAAGAACACUACUGAUAAAUAAAUAACUAAAUAAAUAAAUAAAUAUGUUUUUCAAUAUAUAUAUAUAUAUAUAUAUGUAUGUAUGAUCUUAAUUAGGGUUUAGGGUUUCAUUUGGUGCAGUAGGGUAGUCUGCUGGUCGUGUCGUCCGUACGUGUGUAUAUUAAUAUUAAUAUUAAUAAUAAUAUUAUAAUAAUGAAUGAAUGAGUGGAGUGCAGUGUUUGAUGUAUGCACAACACCGACGUAUGUAUGUAUGUUGUUUGUGUCUGUACAGCGCCAGAUUUUAUAUCAGAUUUUAUUAUUAUA